GGGGGAGAGAAGCCCGGCCCCGGGGGAGAGAAGCCCGGCCCCGGGGGAGAGAAGCCCGCCCCCGGGGGAGAGAAGCCCGGCCCCGGGGGAGAGAAGCCCGCCCCCGGGGGAGAGAAGCCCGCCCCCGGGGGAGAGAAGCCCGCCCCCGGGGGAGAGAAGCCCGCCCCCGGGGGAGAGAAGCCCGCCCCCGGGGGAGAGAAGCCCGCCCCCGAGGGAGAGAAGCCCGCCCCCGGGGAAGAGAAGCCCGCCCCCGAGGGAGAGAAGCCCGCCCCCGGAUUGGGUCCCAUGGCCCCCAGCGAUGACACAGAGAGCAGCCACUUCUUUGCGUACCUGGUGACGGCUGCAGUGCUGGUGGCGGUGCUCUACAUUGGCUACCACAACAAGAGAAAGAUCAUCGCCUACGUCCUGGAGGGUCGAAGGUCACAGGGUGCCCGUCGGCCCAAAUCCUCAGACUACCAGAGACUGGAUCAGAAGCUGUGAGGUGCCUGUGCAGCAGAAUGCAGAAGCAAGGCGAAUCUGUAAACGACUGGCAGAACGAACGCGUGAAGGACGAACGUUUUAUUUUUAUUUUUACAGCUAAAAACAUUGAACUUUAACUUCAGUUUUUCCUUUUUUUUUUUUUUUUUUUUUUUUAAAUCUAAUUUAAUUCAAUUUUUUUUGGUAAAGAAAAAAAGGUAACCUUUUUAAUAUGGGGGGGAAAAAAAAACGAAAAAAGAAUGGCUUUGUUUUAUUUUUAAUAAUGAUGAUGGUUUAUAUGAUGCUGUAUAUGUGCAGCGCGCUCCCCAGCCAGCUUGCUUCUGACAUGCGGACGCCAGUGCUGUAGGCGUGGGAUUGUUAGUGCCACAGGGGCAUCUGUAGCAGUUCGGUCUGUUCUCUUGCUGACAGCAUGGUGCUUCCUUGUGUUUUAUGUGUACAUGUGGUUGAGUUUAGGGAGUGCUUGAGACAGUGUGAUGGGUAGAGCUGAGAGACUGAGAGAGAAGCAGUGUGCUCUGUUGGUUAGAGCUGAGGGACUGGGAGGUGAGCAGUGUGGCUAAGAUGAGGGGAUGUACUGUUGGCUAAAUCUGUCAUGUGUACUAAAUUGUGCAGAAAUGCUAGCAGUGUAGCUGUUUUGUGAUGACUAGCGAAGCUUGAUGUUGUGUACGUUUUUGUAAAGGAAAGGUGGGUCUUUGGUCUUCUAGGUAGGAGAGUGGCUUUCUGACAGCCAUAGUCACCCC